AUGAGGACCACUAUCUCCUUAAACCCAACCCAGCUCUCCCAACAGCGUUUUUCAAACCUUAAGUUCCUAUCCCUCGCCAACCCCAACCCCCGCGAAGCCAGGUGGUCUUCCUUGCUAAACCUCCUCUCCCACCUGUCCACGAUAACUCAUUUGUCCCUCGCAUUCUGGCCAAUCCCAACCGUAACCCCAAACUCUCUCACAGCGAGUGUGGGACAUCCAAAGUUCAAUUCCCUCUCCUUUGCUUACGGCGGGACAGACAUGUAUUCCGCCUUCGAAAACAACUGGGUCGAAGCCGCUGGUGUUCUUCGCAGGUUUUCUAAAACAACAUAUUGUCUCAAAUGGCUGGAUCUUGAAGGCUGCAGUGAUUGGAUCCCAGCUCUAAGCUGGAAUGGGAUUGAUUUGGAAGGAAAUUUCCAUGCUGCAGCGGGGCCGGAGUGGACUGGGGCGUGGAGAGGCCUUGAAUGGCUAGGUAUUGGCCCGGGAUGGUUUCCCGAUAUAUCUGACGUCGAAGGCUCCUAUCUUAUCUACGAAAGGGAUAAAACCCUGCUAAGAGAUAUUGAGACAGGGCGUCGUGACUCUUCCUCGCCUGGAAUUGCUGGAAUUGAAGACAAGAGGGCGCGGAUAAGGGAGAGAGACGAGUAUCGGAAGCUUAUUGAGCGUGCGGUUGAGGUGAAGAAGCAGGUGCAUGCGAUUAGGAGGGCAGGAGGCGGGAAGUGGCUAGAGAUUUCCCUCGGUUUGGAAAAUGAGGAUGAACUUAGGAUGCGAGUCACCACAGCUCCUGCAUAA